AUGCCUGGUAAACCACAUGUUUCCAAGAAAAAGUCUCAACAGUUAAAAAGAAAUUCAAAAAGAAAAACUGAUGAUGAUGAAGAGUUGUCAGAGAAAAAGGUUAGAAACACAGGAAAAAGAAAUAAAAGUCAUUCAAACCAUCUGUCUUCUGAAGGACAAACAAAGCAUACUAACAUAAAACAGAUAAAGAUAGCACCCAACAAAAGGAAAACCUGGCAACCACUUUCAAAGAGUAGCAGAGAGCAUUUGCAAACAAUAAUGGAAUCAGUAAUAAUAAGAAUUUUGAGUAGUCAAGAAAAAGAAGAAAUACAGUAUCAUCUCAACUUACCGAAAAAAAGAUUGUUACAACUUUGUGAAACCCUGAAAGUCCCUCCUGAAAAGCUGAAGGAUUUAACUCAUGUGUCAAGUCUACUGGAUGUGGAAAGGGCACGGGAGCAAGCUAAUAAAGAAGGUCUGGCAUUAUUGCAGGAAGAAAUAGAAAAAAUGGUAGAGACUGCAGAAUUGAUGACUGAGGACUUUCAGAGCCUAAAGAACAAAAUUGAAAUUCUGGAAAGGGAGGUAGAAGAGAAAAAGAAGACACUAAAACAAGUGCUUCAAAUGGAUAUUAGUAGUGUACUCUCUCUUCCAGAACUUUCUCAGAAAAGGCUCAAAGCACCCACACUUCAGAAAGAAAUUUUGACACAAUUCCAAACCAGAAUGCUCUUCUAA